UGUCAAGAACUAAGUCGUAAAUAUAAUCACCACUGCAUGUAUUCACCACACAUAUUGUCAUUAUGGCUGACAAGAAAAUCAGCAGAAUAAUUCGUCAUCUGUUGAAAAUUUCCCACAACUGUUUACAUUAUUGCUUUGUGUAGAAACCCAAAAAAAAAAGAAAAAUAUUGCGGAGAUAAAUUAAUUAUACAUAAAAUGCAGGAAAAUUGUCCCGAAUUAUAUGAGGAAGUCAAACUAUAUCGAAAUGCACGAGAAAGAGAAAAGUAUGAUAACAUGGCCGAUUUGUAUGCAAUUAUCAAUACGCUGCAACAACUGGAAAAGGCGUAUAUCCGUGACUGCAUCACACCACAGGAAUAUACUGCUGCAUGCUCCAAAUAUUUGGUACAAUACAAGGUCGCUUUCAAGCAAGUACAGUGUGAUGAAUAUCCCAAUAUAGACACAUUCGUCAAGAAAUUCCGUUUAGACUGUCCCGCAGCACUCGAGCGGAUACGUGAAGACAGACCCAUUACAAUAAAAGACGACAAGGGUAACACAUCAAAGUGUAUUGCGGAAAUUGUUUCCCUUUUUAUAACCAUCAUGGAUAAAUUACGUUUGAAGAUGAACACAAUGGAUGCUUUACAGCCGGAUGUGAAAGAUUUAGCGGAUAAUAUGAAUCGUCUGUCGUUAAUAUCAAAGGAUUUUGAGGCAAAACAAAAAGUUGAAACAUGGUUAAGCACAUUAAACGAUAUGCAGGCAUCCGAUGAAUUAACAGAAAGUCAAGUGCGACAAUUUCUGUUCGAUUUAGAAUCGGCAUAUGCUGAUUUUACAAAGCUGUUGCACAGCCAGUAAUAGUUAAGAUUGUAUGUCGCAAUAUACACAUCGCAGUAUUUGCAUUAACAAACAAGGAAUAAAAUUAAAUAUAUGCCUACAUAUAUGCAAAAAUUAAUCUCAACU